GGCGGGUGUCAACAGUGUAACGCGUGGUGGAUAGUGGCUGCGGCGCGUGCUGGCUGGUGGUUGGCUUGCUCAUCGCGUCUCGCUCUUACUUUCGAACCCAGGCUGAGUAGUGUCUCACGGCUGGAUACUUUACCGUAAUGGCAAAGAACUAGGAUUCACAGUCGCACAUACUCAACUGGAAAAGCCUGACACAGUAACGACUCCUAAGGGUGAAACAUCCCUUACAAAACAGGUGUGACUGACAUCAAACAUCCAGUACCUACUGCUGACCCACCACUUGUUGAAGAUUUAAGAAACCCAAAAGAUUUGACAUAUGGUUUAAGAAAUAUUGCAUACUACUGCAUACUACCUAUCCAUCCAUGUAAGCACAAUGCCAAGCUUACCAGAAGCAGUAGACUUAAAGUACGGUGAUGAAUGUCCAGAUGCACAAGUAACGGAAACUGCUUGUGUGGCACUUACCCUUAAGCGCUCUGGUCGACAGCGGCUUCCUUCAGUCCUCAUCCUCUCUGAGUGUGACAUAGAGAAAGCUGGAGAUGAGGAGGAGGUCGAGAGAAAGUGUGAGGGUGUGCGGGAGCUGGACCUAUCAAGGAAUAAACUCAAAGAAUGGAAGGAGGUAUUCAAGAUUCUACGACACUUACCUGGUCUGGGGUUUCUCAAUCUGAGUUACAAUUCAUUUGAAGCCCCCAUCACAGAUCCUUCUGAUGUCGUAAGCCUCACAAAUUUGACGCGCCUUGUACUCAAUGGAACCUCGCUGCCUUGGAAGGACAUCCAUAUUCUUCUUGAAAAUGCUCCAAGGGUAGAAGAAUUGCAUCUAUGUAAAAAUGGGUACAAGAAAGUGGAGACAACCCCUAAGAAAUAUUCCACUGUUAGUCGUGUACACUUUAACAACAACCCCAGCACAGAGUGGAGAGAGAUUGAAUCUCUCGGCCAGAUGUUCCCAUUCCUGGAGGUGUUGAUCCUGGCCGAGUGUCCACUGAGUACCCUGACCGGAGACGGGCAGUACCAUGAAAAUUUUCCCAAUCUCAAAUACCUUUCCCUCAACAGCACAAAAAUUUGUACAUGGGAUUCAGUAGAUGUAGUCAACAUGUUUCCUAAGCUGUUAGAAUUAAGACUCCAGCAGUGUCCAUUGUACGAGAAUUAUAAAGAUGAAGAGAGACGACAACUAACAAUAGCCAGACUUUGGCGAAUCCAGAGAUUAAAUGGUGGAGGAUUAAUUACUCCAGAAGAGAGAGAGAAUGCUGAGCGGGCAUUUAUUAGAUACUACAUGAACGAAGAAAUCCGGCCACAAAGAUAUGAUGAACUGGUACACCAUCAUGGAGAGUUGGAUCCCUUGGUAGAAGUCAGUCUUCAACCAGAAAAAGAAGUUCAUGUGACUAUACGGUUUGGAGAAGUGACCAUUCAGAAGGUUAUAAGCGUUUAUGCUAGAGUCCUGGAUUUAAAGAAGGAACUUGAACCUGAGUUUGGGCUGCCACCUAACAAGAUGCGCAUCUUUUAUCAUGAUAAAGGUGUUGAUUAUGGUGUGGCUUAUGCACCUGAAGAACUCAAGAUUAACAGCAAGCAGCUGUACACGAUUAAUGUUCACUCUGGGGAUGAAUUCAUUGUUGAGCUUAAGGUAAAGCCAGGAGAAGUAGCUUGAAAGAUUUUGUUUCUUUUUUUUAAGUUUUAAUCUGAGAAAUCAUACAUGCAUUUGUCAAUGAAGUGUCUAAGUACUGUAGAAGUUUGCUUCUGGAUAUUUCAUAUUUCAAGUAAAUUUACUACACUAAGACUUCAACUGAUCUUGCAUGUUUUUAAUGUUACUUGACAUAAUGUUGUAAAUAUAUCCUGUACAUUAAUUGUGUGCUUAUUUUAAAUCUGUGAGAAUAACAUCUUCUGUACAGUAAUUGGAAAGUUUUAAUUAAGUCACAGAUUGGUGAAGUAAAUGUGUGUUGCAGGCAGCUUGCCAAAUUCCCCUAUGGUGGAAUGCCUCCUUGUAAACUAAUAAUUAUAUGAUUCUAUUGUUACUACAUUGAACAUUAUGUGUCCAUGUGCCUACGCAACUUACUCAUCAGUAAUGCCUCGACUUUUGAAGGAUUGCGCCUUGUUAGGCAUUUGUGUGACUCCUGUGUCCACAGUAGAAGAAUGUUUUAAUAUACAGUACAGUAUAUACUGAGAGUUCACCCACCUUUUACCCUUUUAUUUUGUUUCUAAAAUUUUACAAUUAUGUUUUUAUCAAGUACUGUACAGUACAUUAAUGUAAAGUAAACACUCAUUGAACUAAGUUAUUAGACAGUGAUUAUGGAAAUGAUUUUUUUUUAUAUAGCACAUACAGUACAGUAAUUUACUUUAGGUGUAAUCAUUAUAUUAUCAACAUCAUUACUGGUCUUUUUCUUCUGGUGGUGUGUUCAAAGAACUUACUGAACCAUAUUACAGUAUAAUUCUGUAACUGUUUAUACGAGUUCUUCAUCACACAUCUAACUACUUGUGUGAUCCAUGGUCUGAAAACCAAUAAUGACAUAUUGUCAAAAUUUUAUCAGGGAUUAAUAAUACCUGCUGGCAAGUCCUAGCUAGCUGAUCCGUAUAUUGGCUUUGAAGAAAUUAUUAGUAAGCCUGUAUCAACGGUGAAGGAAAAUAUUAAAUCUGUAUUUGAUAUUUUCACAAUAUUAGUUGUUCAUAUAUAAAAAAAAAUACUGCAUUGUGUAUAGAUAUCUAAAAAAUGUAUUUAUUUUUAGGCCUAUAUGAAUGUACAAUUCAUUUUUUACAUAUAUUUUAUGGUUUGUACACACAUGUGAUGUUAGACAUGUAGUGAGGUUUUGUAGGUGCCAGCUUGGGCAAGUGAAGUGAAGGAAUUAGGUUUAAUAUAUUCAUUUGUUAGUAAUGCUUGUACAAUGGAGUUGUACUAUAAUUAUCACACACAAAUAAUUCAUGGAAAUUCCUGCAUUCACAUCAUUUAUGUAUUUACUUUCAUCAUACUGUUCAGACAGGAGAAAUAAAAAAAAUUUCCAAAUAAAAUUUCAUUAAUGGCAUUUACAAAGGUACUGUAUCAGUUAUGUAGUACUGUACUUUGUGUAAACUAAUUUACUAAUAUCAGUGACCAAAUGGUAAAGGAUAUACUGUAGUGUGAUAAUCAUUAAUAAAACUUCAACGUGUGGUAGUCCUAACUUGCAUCAUCACCAUCUAAGAGUGUUAAAGCCUUUGACUGUUCUUAAGACUUCUGACGCUGCUGUUUUUAGUUGAUCUCAAUUUUGUCUUCAUUUUUUAUGCUUCAAAAAUGUACUUUUUUUAUGGAGCUACAAUUGUCAUAAUUUUCUUUUAUGUGAAAUAAUGACUUGAUUGUGUUACAGGAAAUGACCAGUUAUGUAAUUAUAUAGAUUUUGUUGAGAAAAUAACAUGAACCAACUUCAUUUGUGACUGGGAUAUCUUUGUAAUUACCUUUCUUAUUUUUAUAAAAUUACCUGUGUGCUAAGUUUUUUAGCAUGAUAGAUCAUAUUGAAUUGAAAGCAUCCAGAAUAGUCAAAAUGAAGAGUGUGUUCUUGUUUAUUAACUUAAGUUCCCACUCUCCCAAACAGUAUGUUUUACCUAUGAGUGCCAAUGGUAUUUUGUGAUUCUGGAAAUGUGAAAUAUAACUUGUGUGCUUGUUUCAGAUUUUUUUAAUUUUUUGUACAUAGAUUUUAUUUUAUUUUGUGUAUGUAUUGUCUGGUUUCAUUGUUUUAGAUGUUUUCUAGACCAGGUUUCAUCUCAGUGUUUUUAAGCACAGUAGUUUACUAUAUUUGAAUUAACUAAUAUUUUUACUUUUGUGUAUAGUGAGAUUCUUUUGAAGUGUUAUGGUAAAGGUCUUUGAUAAAUGUUUGUGAGAGUAUCAUUGACAAGUCCUCACUGUGUGUGUGUGUGUGUGUGUGACUGACUAAAAAUUUAUGUUACAAUAAACCCAUUGGCUAUGGAUGAAUUACAAAAUAAGAUACUGUACCUAAAAUAUAGCCAUUAAACUAUAAUUCAGCAUCAAAUGCAAAAUUUUAUCCUUGAUAGAAAUGAAUGAAUGAUGAAAAGUAUAUUGAAAGUUUAGCGAACAUAAAUGUAAAUAUAAAUCAUUAUUUUGUACUACAUUUACAGGACUGUAAAAAAGAAAAUUCACCAUAAGGUAUCAUGUACUAGUUCAUGCCAAGUCUGGAAGCAUUUUGCAUGCUAUUUUAUUAGAGUACUCCUGUCAACUUCAAUUCUCAGUUUCACACUUAAUGAGCCUUCAGGCAUAACGCCUUACAUUCCAAGUACAGUAUCUAUGUUUGUGGCUGAUUGACAUGUUACGACAAAUAACUUAUAAUCGAGCCUUUUGCCCUUUCAACAUGAUUUUUUUUUCUCACAAAACACGCAUCAUCACCUUAGAUGAAUUAUGCCAGUAACACCAGAGCUGUUGCUAUAGCUCUGGCAGAUAAGUUUUUGGUCUUACCAAGCAGUCUCCUGUUCCAGUAGCUGCAUUUAAAUAAGUGUUGGUUUCCUCGAGUAAGCAUUUAAAUCUUAGUUCUUAUCUAUAGAGUAAUACAGGGAACACAGAGGUCUUGGAAACUCAAACCUUACUCCUCUAGCUUUGAUAUGUGCAUUACAUUAUCCACUUAGCUGCAUUCAUUAUACUAUAAAUCAGACUAAGGCACCUUUGAUCUAAUUUAUCAGCUCGUAUCAAUGCUGUGAGCUUAUAUUUCUAGGAAGAGUGACCUUGUGCAAGAUUUUUAUAUGCUUUCCAUGUGCAGGUCAUACUGGUCAUUAUGAUGCUUUUGUACACACUAAGAGAAAAAAUGAUGUCAUAGCACUAAGUGCCUGAAACUAGUGGGAAGAGCCUAACACCACACUGAUUAUCCCUAACAAUUGCAUGGAUUUGUAUGCACCUUUAUAAAAAUGAUAUGCUACCUUAGGCAGUAGCACCCAUAAAUCUUCAUAUUUUAAAGCCAAAAACUGGAAAAGGAAAAAUCCUUUUAUUGUCUGCCGAAGGAAAAUUCCAAUGUAUUUUCUGCAUCAAUACAUUGUUUCAUCCCCCAGAGCAAUUGUGAAGCAAGAUGCUCUUACAGCACCCAACAGUAUGGGUUAGAAAUUUAGUUUUAAAUAAGUGCAGAGAUCCUCAUGACAUUGACCGACAUUCAAAAUAUCUGUAUGUACUCCAUGCUUAGCUAGGGCAUCCUAGUUCAAAGAAUUAGUCAGUUGCAGUGUCUUAUAAUGUAAACUGAGUUAUAUGAAUGAUAUGGCCUUGAAUCAAUAUACAUGCAGAUUCAAGUGAUUUAAGACCACUAAGCAGGCUGAGUAAUGCACCAACUUGGUGGUUACUGCAGUUCUGUUGGUCCCAUGUCCCUUUCUAGAAGGCCACUCUUUACUUAUCAGUGUAACACUGGAGUUUUUUUUUUUUUACUUGUAAAGAGAAAUAAUGACCUGUCAACUUGGAAAAUGAGUUUUUCGGGGCUCGACAGUCUCGGCUGUAUUAAAAGCCAUUACUGUACAAGUCGGAAUUUUAAACAUUUCCUCACUUGUUGAGACAGAUUGCCGAAAAACUUUGGCAAGUGCUUGUCUUUUGCAUUGGCUAUACUUCUUCCUGUAACCUCAUGAGACAGAGCUUGUUCUUGAAAUGUAUAUUUAAGAACAAAUGUGGAUUGAACAUUGACUGAGAAUUGAAUUCAAAGCAACACUUGUAAAGUCUGAAUGAAUAAUCUCAUGCUUCCAGUACACCUAGCACCAUAUUUCCAUGGCUCUUCCUUUCUCCUACAAAGUUUAGCAGUGAAAUAAAUGAUACCAAGAUUUUGAAUAUUAACCCAUUCAGUGAGAUUGGUGGCACUUUUGACAAAGGGUUUCUGCCAGAGGCAGACUGUACCUAUGUGGUAUGUACAUUGAAUGAGUUAAUGUCCAUCUUUCUCCUGCAUUGCAGUAAAAAUUACGUUUUGAAAUCCCUAUUGUGAAUAUCAAACAAUAAAUGAAAAUAUGAUUUCCAUGAAAUACAGUAUUUAAACCUAAUUAGUUUAUUAUGAGAUAUCCAUAGCCUGGAGGUUCACAUUCUAUGUUUUUAUUUACACAAAAUACUAUAUUCCAAAUACGUACUAGAUUUCAGAAGUCUGCAGCUUUCCUCAUAAUCACACUCAAAACUUGAUCAAAUAAAAAUAUAUAUAUAAAA